AUGCUCAACUUCGGCUUGGCCAGUAUUGACCUCGCGGCCAAGCGUCAGCAGCGAAUGAUAAGAACACUCGCACAAAACCUUCUCAGGAUCGAUGCUGGAGCUGCCAGUGAUUCAGGUCAAAUUGUAGCAAACAACAAGCAUGAAAGAGAAGCAAUACUCACAGCCGUCGUGCUCCAAGGUAUUAUCGUUGCCCAGACAGCAGACGGCGUAUUGGAGCCUCAUGUCAAAUGCGCUUCGUGGCUCAUGCAAACACUGGGCUACUUCCAUGAGUUACCACAAAACCCUAUCGCACGCAUGACUGUGCAGCGAUAUGGUAUGGUUGACGUCAUGUUAGCAAUCUCACGACAACGAAGGCCGUACGCACCGCGGGAUUUCAUACUCCACCAGCCCGACCAGAAUCGCUGGGAUACGACCGAGCCAUCAUUUCAUAAUAUGACAGGAUGUCCACAGCCACUUAUGUGCUACCUCGUACGGAUCGCACACUUGGCCUGCGAUGUGAGUGACAUGCUCAACAACAACACCGAGGAAGGUGCUAUCCUUAGCGAAGCAUUCCAGGUCGACACGGAGCUUCGCGUCUGGGGCUCUAGAUACCACGGCAUUCCUCCAGUCACAGGUGACCGCACGCCUCUGGACAUCCUCACUGAGUGCUUCUAUUGGACAGCGCAUUUACUGCUUGCUCGACGGGUGUUUCGAGACCAGACAUACUCGCCGCGCGUGCAGCAUUUGGUGCAUGUGUGCUUUGGCCUGAUGGACCAUCUAUCAACCGGAUGUGGACCCGACUCGUCGCUGCCCCAGCCGUUUUACCUUGCUGCUAGAGAGGCAAUUUUGCGCGAGGAUCGUGAGUGGGUUCGACGGAAGCAUGAGUCUAUGACUGCUUAUUAUAGGGAACAACAGCGGAACUCGGCGAUGGAGCUUAUUGAGAAGAUAUGGGAAACGACUGACAGGCUCCGGGAGUGGGAUGGUGGAACCCGUUGGGCGGGCAAGGGGACUGGACUAUCAAUUGUGGAUAGUUAUGUGCAAGCGCUUGAUCGAGGGUCUUGUUUCUUCAUCUUCUGA